UUACCUGUUCAAGACAUGGAUAUCAAAAACUCACCAUCUAGCCUUAACUCUCCGGCUUCCUACAACUGCAGUCAAUCUGUCCUACCCAUGGAGCACGGCCCCAUAUAUAUACCUUCCUCCUAUGUAGAGAGCCACCAUGAAUAUUCCGCCAUGACAUUCUAUAGCCCCGCUGUGAUGAAUUACGGUAUUCCCAGCAGUGCCAGUAACUCAGAAGGUGGGCCUGGUCGACAGACCACAAGCCCAAAUGUGUUGUGGCCAACUCCUGGACACCUCUCUCCCUUAGCCAUCCAUUGCCAGUCGUCACUUCUGUAUGCAGAACCUCAAAAGAGUCCUUGGUGUGAAGCAAGAUCACUAGAACCCACCUUACCUGUAAACAGAGAGACACUGAAAAGGAAAGUUAGUGGGAGCAGUUGUGCCAGCCCUGUUACUAGUCCAAGUUCAAAGAGGGAUGCUCACUUCUGUGCAGUCUGCAGCGAUUACGCAUCUGGAUAUCACUAUGGAGUCUGGUCGUGUGAAGGAUGUAAGGCCUUUUUUAAAAGAAGCAUUCAAGGACAUAAUGAUUACAUUUGCCCAGCUACAAAUCAGUGUACGAUAGAUAAGAAUCGACGCAAAAGCUGCCAGGCCUGCCGACUUCGGAAGUGCUAUGAAGUGGGGAUGGUCAAGUGUGGCUCCCGGAGAGAAAGGUGUGGGUACCGUGUUAUGCGAAGGCAGAAAAGUUCGGAUGAGCAGCUGCACUGCCUGAGCAAAGCCACGAAAAAUGGUGGACCUGUGACCCGAGUGAAGGAGCUGCUGCUGAGCGCCCUGAGCCCGGAGCAGCUGGUGCUCACGCUACUGGAGGCGGAGCCGCCCCACGUGCUCGUGAGCCGCCCCAGCACGCCCUUCACCGAGGCCUCCAUGAUGAUGUCCCUGACCAAGCUGGCCGACAAGGAGCUGGUGCACAUGAUUGGCUGGGCCAAGAAAAUUCCAGGCUUUGUGGAGCUCAGUCUCUACGACCAAGUGCGCCUCUUGGAGAGCUGCUGGAUGGAGGUGCUGAUGGUGGGGCUGAUGUGGCGCUCCAUUGACCACCCGGGCAAGCUCAUCUUUGCUCCAGACCUCGUUCUGGACAGGGAUGAGGGGAAAUGCGUAGAAGGAAUUCUGGAAAUCUUCGACAUGCUCUUGGCAACAACUUCAAGGUUCCGUGAGUUAAAACUCCAACACAAAGAGUAUCUCUGUGUCAAGGCCAUGGUCCUCCUCAACUCCAGUAUGUACCCUUUAGCUGCGGCAACCCCAGAGGCUGAGAGCAGCCGGAAGCUGACCCACUUGCUGAACGCAGUGACCGACGCUCUGGUCUGGGUGAUUGCCGAGAGCGGGAUUCCCUCCCAGCAGCAGCCCGUGCGCCUGGCUAACCUCCUGAUGCUCCUUUCUCACGUCAGACACGCCAGUAACAAGGGCAUGGAACACCUGCUUAACAUGAAAUGCAAGAACGUGGUCCCAGUCUACGACCUGCUGCUGGAGAUGCUGAAUGCACACACGCUUCGCGGGUACAAGUCCUCGCUCACCGGGGCCGAGUGCAGCCCAGCAGAGGAGAGUAAGCACAGGGAGGGCUCCCAGAAGCCCCUGUCUCAGUGA